AUAUUUAACUUUAGGAUUUUUCUGAGGAACCGAAUCUUGGUUUUGUCAUCUGUGAGCCAAGAUCAUUAAUAUUAUUUUACCCCGAUCUGUGCAAUAAAUCUACAAGUUUCACAGUCUGAAUAGCUGUUCCGGAAACAAUCUCCUUUUAAGCACGUACUGCAAUUUAUUGUGACGCAUUCGUGCAUCUUUGAUUUAAAAAGAAAACGACUCUAUAUGCGCGCUUCAUUAGGCUCAACCACCCUCCCUUUGUUCCCUGUCUGUGUUGUGCGGUGGGGUGAGGAAUUGUGUAAGGCGGCCAAAGACGCACGGCUCCAACGCACCACUAGAUGGCAGCACGGUCCAACCAAUUAGACAAAUAGCAAUAUUCCCAACUCCCAUAUCGCAAGGAUGUGGACUGUCCCUUCCUGUUCUAGUGCCGAGAGAGCCACCGUAGCGCCUCAGACAGUAGCAGGAUUACGGGUACCCCGAACGCGAUUAUGUCCGGAUUUUCGCCGCGUUCGUCGGCCGAACGGAGCGGCAGUGCGCGCCGCGGGCUGCACGGCUUUCGCUGUUAGGGAACGCUGGUAUGCUGUUCUCCGGGUAGCUGGUAACGUAGCAGGCCUGUUAAUUGCGCUGCCAACCCUUGUUCCUUUCCUGUGUCAAUGAUUGUCCUCCUCUCAGUCUCUCAUGGCGGAGACUAAAAUAAUAUAUCACAUAGACGAGGAGGAGACUCCUUAUCUGGUCAAGCUGUCCGUUCCUCCGGAGAAAGUCACUUUGGCGGAUUUUAAAAAUGUCCUCAACAACCGACCCGUCAAUAGCUACAAAUUCUUCUUCAAAUCCAUGGACCAGGAUUUUGGGGUGGUCAAAGAAGAGAUUUCAGAUGACAACGCCAAGCUGCCAUGCUUCAACGGGCGGGUAGUGUCCUGGCUGGUCCUGGCAGAGAGUGCACACUCUGAUGGAGGGUCUCAGUGCACGGAGAGCCAUCCGGAGCUUCCCCCUCCCCUCGAGAGAACAGGGGGCAUCGGAGACUCGCGACCCCCCUCCUUCCAUGCCAACGCAGUGAGCAGUCGUGACGGCCUGGACACCGAGACGGGGACAGAGUCUCUGCUGAGCCACCGCAGAGAGCGCGAGAGAGAGCGCGCACGCAGGAGAGCUCGAGAGACCGAGCUCCCUCGCAUCAACGGUCACUCUAAAUCCGAGCGUACAGCGAGGGACUCGGCCAUGGGUUACGACAGCGCCUCAGUAAUGAGCAGCGAGCUGGAGUCCAGCUCGUUUGUUGACAGCGAGGAGGAUGAGGAUGCCAGCAGGCUCAGCAGCUCCACCGAACAAAGUUCUUCUUCACAGCUCAUGCGCAGACACAAGCGGCGCAGACGGAGGCACAAAAUGGCCAAGAUAGACCGGUCUUCAUCCUUCAGCAGCAUCACAGACUCCACCAUGAGCCUCAACAUCAUCACCGUCACGCUCAACAUGGAGAAGUACAACUUUCUGGGCAUCAGUAUUGUAGGUCAGAGUAAUGACCGGGGAGACGGUGGCAUUUACAUCGGCUCCAUCAUGAAGGGAGGCGCUGUGGCUGCUGAUGGCAGAAUAGAGCCAGGAGACAUGCUUCUGCAGGUGAAUGAUGUGAAUUUUGAGAACAUGAGCAACGAUGACGCUGUGAGGAUCCUGAGAGAGAUCGUUUCUAAGACUGGCCCCAUUAGCCUUACUGUUGCCAAGUGUUGGGAUCCAUCUCCACGAAGUUACUUCACCAUCCCUCGAGCGGAGCCUGUGAGACCCAUCGACCCAGCAGCUUGGAUAUCUCACACCACAGCCCUGACGGGACCUUAUCCACAUUAUGAAUUUGAUGACCUGCCUCUGUCUGUUGGUAAAACAGACAUGGCAACCAUUGUGAAGGUGAUGCAGCUUCCUGACUCAGGCCUGGAGAUACGGGACAGGAUGUGGCUGAAGAUCACCAUCGCCAAUGCCGUCAUAGGUGCUGAUGUGGUGGACUGGCUUUACUCCAGAGUGGAGGGCUUCAAGGAUCGACGAGAUGCAAGAAAGUACGCGAGCAGUCUGCUGAAACAUGGCUACCUGAGACACACCGUCAACAAAAUCACCUUCUCCGAACAGUGCUACUACACAUUUGGGGACCUCUGCCAAAACAUGGCGUCACUCAAUUUAAAUGAGGGAUCCAGCGGUGGAGGCUCCGAGCAGGACACUUUGGCACCACUACCUCCCACCACCAACCCCUGGCCUCUUGGCGGGCAGCCGUUCCCCUACCCUCCCUUUCAGCCGCCGCCCCCCUGCUUCCCCCCGGGAUACUCUGACCCGUGCCACAGUUUCCACAGCGGGAGCGCCGGGAGUCAGCACAGUGAGGGAAGUCGAAGCAGUGGAUCGAACCCCAGCACAGGCAAAGACAGACGCUCCCCGCAGGAGAAGGCUCAGAGGACGACAUGCUGCGAAUCCGAAUUACGCGGGGGGAGGCGGGGCGACAGGUCCGCCAGCCAGAUGAGCCAUCACAGCCACGCCAGGUCAAGCCUCAGUCACAGCCACUCACACAGGAGCCACUCGCUGUCCCAGAACAAUCACCCCUCCUUCGGCUACGGCCACAACCCCUUCACCCAGCCGGGGCCGGGCUCCUGCUCGCAGAGCGAGAGAAGCCAUGCCUCCUCAUAUGGCCCCCCGGGCUUGCCUCCCCCUUAUUGUCUAGCUCGCCUUGCCCCCAAAACCUCAGUGAGCAGUAGCACCCCCCCUGGAGCCCCCCCUGGGAGAGAGCUAGCGACCGUUCCUCCUGAGCUCACCGCCAGCCGGCAGUCGUUCCAGCACGCCAUGGGCAACCCCUGUGAGUUCUUUGUGGACAUCAUGUGACAGAACAGUGCCUUCAAAAAACACAGUGAGCACAAAACAAUCCUCCCAGAACUCACCUGCAUCUUUUUCUUUUUUUCUCUUCAGUCUUUUGAGCACCCUUAGGUUCAGAAUGUAGAUACUACCCUCCGUAGCCCCCCCUGCUCUCCGAUGCCCACGGAAAGGAACACAGGCUGCGUUAGCACAAUGGAAGGAUUCCUCUCACAAGCACAGGUGCUCCACCUGGGAAACCCCCCCCCCCCCCCCCCCCCCCCCCUGUUUUUUUUACAAACAUGUACAGUUUGUGAAACGUGAGUGCUGUUCGCUGUGGUGACGUCCUUAAAGCUGCCAUGCAGACAUUCUCGGGUAUAUCUUGGAUAUUAUCUGUUCAGCAAGACCUUUAACGAGGCUGGAACUGGAUCUCAAUCCCCCAGACCCAGACUGAAAACUCUGGACUCGUAUCUGUGUUGUCCAAAGCUCCUGGCCCAAUUCGCCACAGUUUCUGGGGCCUUUGCCAGCAGCUUGCCUGAGCUCUUACGUGCCAACUCUAACCUUGAUCUGUGGAUUUCUUCAGCUUCAUGAGGAAGACCCCCAUAGCCGGCUGCCAGUUUUAACAAAGGCUGCGUAGUGCAUGUCUGAACUGCUUUAAGGAAAUUUUAUGGAUUAAUUUUGUUUUAAGUAUUAACUAAACUAGAAGGAGGAGUUUCCCUCCUGCCAACGUUCUAAAGGAUGAAUCCGUA